CCACACCCCCACCCUGGGCCGCGUGGCAAAGAGACCUGUGGGAGGACGUCAGAAGGGGGAUCAGCCCUGUGACCCCUCACCCCGGGCCUGGGCCCGCGCCCCGGACUUUCCGAGAGGGCCCUGAGAGAGUUCUGGGGGCCUCGCCGCUCAUCGCACCCCGCUUCUGCUCCCAGAAGCCGGCGAUGAGCGCGUGCGCCCUCCUGGCGGGUGGGCUCCCCGACCCCCGGCUCUGCGCCCCCGCGCGGUGGGCUCGGUCCCCGCCCGGCGUCCCCGGGGCCCCGCCCUGGCCCCAGCCCCGGCUCCGGCUCCUGCUGCUGCUGCUCCUCCUGCCGCCCUCCGCCCUCUCCGCCGUCUUCACAGUCGGGGUGCUGGGCCCCUGGGCCUGCGACCCCAUCUUCGCCCGCGCCCGCCCGGACCUGGCCGCCCGCCUGGCCGCCGCCCGCCUGAACCGCGACGCAGCCCUGGAAGACGGGCCCCGCUUCGAGGUGACGCUGCUGCCCGAGCCAUGCCGGACGCCGGGCUCCCUGGGGGCCGUGUCCUCCGCGCUGGGCCGCGUCUCGGGCCUCGUGGGGCCGGUGAACCCCGCAGCCUGCCGGCCGGCUGAGCUACUAGCCCAGGAGGCGGGGGUGGCGCUGGUGCCCUGGAGCUGCCCGGGGACGCGGGCGGGGGGCACCACAGCCCCCGCCGGGACGCCGGCGGCCGAUGCUCUGUACGCCCUGCUCCGCGCCUUCCGCUGGGCGCGCGUGGCCCUAAUCACCGCGCCCCAGGACCUGUGGGUGGAGGCGGGACGCGCGCUGUCGGCGGCGCUCAGGGCCCGGGGUCUGCCCGUGGCGCUGGUGACCACCAUGGAGCCCUCGGACCUGUCUGGGGCCCGGGAGGCCCUGAGGAGGGUCCAGGACGGGCCCAGAGUCAGAGCGGUGAUCAUGGUGAUGCACUCGGUGCUGCUGGGCGGCGAGGAGCAGCGCUGUCUGCUGCAGGCUGCGGAAGAGCUGGGCCUGGCCGAUGGCUCCCUGGUCUUCCUGCCCUUCGACACGCUCCACUACGCCUUGUCCCCGGGCCCAGAGGCCUUGGCCGUGCUCGCCAACAGCUCACAGCUGAGGAGGGCCCACGAUGCGGUGCUCAUCCUGACGCGUCACUGUCCCCCAGGGGGCAGCGUGAUGGACAACCUGCGCAGGGCCCAGGAGCACCAGGAGCUGCCCUCGGACCUAGAUCUGCAGCAGGUGUCCCCGCUCUUCGGCACCAUCUACGACGCGGUCCUCCUGCUGGCGGGGGGCGUCGCACGGGCACGGGCGGCCGCAGGGGGCGGCUGGGUGUCGGGAGACUCGGUAGCCCACCACAUCCCGGAUGCCCAGGUCCCCGGCUUCUGUGGGACCCUGGGAGGAGCCCAGGAGCCACCGUUUGUGCUGCUGGACACGGACGCGGCGGGGGACCGGCUCUUCGCCACAUACAUGCUGGACCCCACCCGGGGCUCCCUCCUCUCAGCUGGGACCCCCGUGCAUUUCCCUAGAGGGGGAGGAACACCUGGGUCCGACCCCUCAUGCUGGUUCGAGCCAGGUGUCAUCUGCAACGGAGGAGUGGAGCCCGGCCUCGUCUUUCUCGGCUUCCUCCUGGUGGUUGGGAUGGGGCUGACUGGGGCGUUCCUGGCCCAUUAUUUGAGGCAUCGGCUACUUCACAUCCAAAUGGUCUCUGGCCCCAACAAGAUCAUCCUGACUCUGGACGAUGUCACCUUUCUCCACCCGCAUGGGGGCAGCACGCGAAAGGUGGUCCAGGGAAGUCGCUCGAGUCUGGCCGCCCGCAGUACAUCAGACAUUCGCAGCGUCCCCAGCCAGCCCUUGGAUAACUCCAACAUUGGCCUCUUUGAAGGAGACUGGGUUUGGCUGAAGAAAUUCCCCGGGGACCAGCACAUAGCCAUCCGCCCAGCAACCAAGACGGCCUUCUCCAAGCUCCGGGAGCUCCGGCAUGAGAACGUGGUGCUCUACCUGGGGCUCUUCCUCGGCAGCGGGGGAGCUGGUGGCUCGGCCGCGGGGGAAGGCGUGCUGGCCGUGGUCUCAGAGCACUGCGCCCGGGGCUCCCUCCACGACCUCCUCGCCCAAAGGGACAUUAAGUUGGACUGGAUGUUCAAGUCCUCCCUCCUGCUGGACCUCAUCAAGGGAAUGAGGUAUCUGCACCAUCGAGGCGUGGCCCACGGGCGCCUGAAGUCGCGGAACUGCGUGGUGGACGGGAGGUUCGUGCUUAAGGUCACGGAUCACGGCCACGCGCGACUAAUGGAAGCUCAGAGGGUGUUACUGGAGCCUCCCAGCGCCGAGGACCAGCUAUGGACAGCCCCGGAGCUGCUUCGGGACCCGGCCCUGGAGCGCCGGGGAACGCUGCCCGGCGACGUCUUCAGCCUGGGCAUCAUCAUGCAGGAGGUCGUGUGUCGCAGCGCCCCCUAUGCCAUGCUGGAGCUCACUCCCGAGGAAGUGGUGGAGAGGGUGCGGAGCCCCCCUCCACUGUGCCGGCCCUCCGUGUCCAUGGACCAGGCACCUGUGGAGUGCAUUCAGCUGAUGAAGCAGUGUUGGGCAGAGCACCCUGAUCUUCGGCCCUCCUUGGGCCACAUCUUCGACCAGUUUAAAAGCAUCAACAAGGGUCGGAAAACCAACAUCAUUGACUCGAUGCUGAGGAUGCUGGAGCAGUACUCCAGUAACCUGGAGGACCUGAUCCGGGAGCGGACGGAGGAGCUGGAGCUGGAAAAGCAGAAGACCGACAGGCUACUCACGCAGAUGCUGCCUCCUUCUGUGGCGGAGGCCCUGAAGAUGGGGACGCCGGUGGAGCCCGAGUAUUUUGAGGAGGUGACACUGUACUUCAGUGACAUUGUGGGCUUCACCACCAUCUCAGCCAUGAGUGAGCCCAUCGAGGUGGUGGAUCUGCUCAACGAUCUCUACACACUCUUCGACGCCAUCAUUGGCUCCCACGACGUCUACAAGGUGGAGACAAUCGGGGAUGCCUACAUGGUGGCCUCGGGGCUGCCACAGCGGAACGGGCAGCGACACGCCGCGGAGAUCGCCAACAUGGCCCUGGACAUCCUCAGCGCCGUGGGCUCCUUCCGAAUGCGUCACAUGCCCGAAGUGCCCGUGCGCAUUCGCAUUGGCCUGCACUCGGGCCCGUGCGUGGCCGGCGUGGUGGGCCUCACCAUGCCACGGUACUGCCUAUUUGGGGACACGGUCAACACCGCCUCGCGCAUGGAGUCCACGGGGCUGCCUUACCGAAUCCACGUGAACAUGAGCACCGUGCGGAUUCUGCACGCUCUGGACGAGGGCUUCCAGACGGAGGUGCGCGGCCGCACGGAGCUGAAGGGCAAGGGCGCCGAAGACACGUACUGGCUGGUGGGCAGACGCGGCUUCAACAAACCCAUCCCCAAACCGCCCGACCUGCAACCGGGCGCCAGCAACCAUGGCAUCAGUCUGCAGGAGAUCCCUCUCGAUCGGCGCUGGAAGCUGGAGAAGGCAAGGCCGGGCCAGUUCUCUGGAAAGUGAGGCCCAGCUGGAGCAGGGUACUGGAAGGUCCUCUUCCUGAAAGUUGCUGCUAUAGGUGACCAAAAGUCUGGCCGACACCAGUGGCUUCUAGCCAGCUCUGCCUCAAAGGAUUCCAGGCCUUUACAGGUGCUGGCUGCAAAUCUGCUGUGUGACCUUUGGGAAAAGUCUCGUGCACUCUCUGUGCUUGGGAUCCCCCUCCAGGGCGAACUGAGGAGUGGCCUGUGUGGUUUCCAUGCUCCCCUGCUCUGACAGCUGCUUCAGCAGAGUUGGCCUGGGGAUAUGGGGCACUGGGCUCGGGGCCUCCAGCCCCAGGGUCUCUGAGCCCAUCACGAGAGGUUGGGGUGGGGAUUUUGCACUGUCCAGUGCCUCCCAAGACCCCAGGGAUGGGGUGUCUGGGAUUGGCCCCAACCCCAGAGGCAGUGGAGGAGACCCUUCCAGCGCAGGGCUGUCACAUGGCCUAAGGAUGAGCCUCUGUCUAGCUUCUAGUGUCGUCCGUCCCCGCCUGUCAGACACUGCUCCCAUCGUGACUUGCUCAAGUGCAGAGAAAAGCUGGCUUCAAGGCUUGGGGGAAAGGAAGGCAAAUUGGCUGCUCCAAAACUCUGCUAACCAGAACAUCCCCUGCUUAACUGGGUAUCGCUGAGCAUCCCCUCUACUUAGAUCUUUCCAGCACGCAUUAACAAUCCCUGCCUGCCCCCACCCUGCCCGUCCAGCUGAAGUUUCUUUUGUGGAACUGAUGUUCCAGAGCCUGAGCCUUGGCACGGCUGACUCGGGGUGCCCUUCCCCAUGGCUUCAGACCCUGGAAAGUUAGCCGCAACCAACUAGAGGGCUGCUUGAGGUAGUGAGCGUCCAGUCUCUGGAGGUCUCCAAGCAGAACCGGCAACAUCGUUGGCCAGGGAUGGAGCAGUCCGAGACAGGUUCUAGGUGUAAAGAUGAACCUGAUCCUCGGCAGGUGGAGCGUGGUUGGGAGCCAGUAGCAGCGACCUCACCUGGGAGCUUGUUAGACAUGCAGAGUCUCAGGCCCUGACCUGACUCGAAUCAGAAUCUGCAUUUUAACGAGUCCACUCCAAGCGCUCACCUGCACUCGAACAUUUGUGAAUCGUGUCACUAAGUGAUCCUGAGAAUCUCUAAGAUUUCAUUAAAAACCAGGCUAGACUCUAGCCCUGAGACUCCUUUUA